AUGCCGAUAACAUCGCUUUCGCGCGAUUUGGUGCGCGAGAUUAAGGAGGGGUAUCCGGAUAUUCGCACUUUGAACCUAGCUCGCUUAAGGCUACCGCUGAAGCAUCCUGUUCCUGAGCGCCAUCCGUGGCUCUUUUUCUACUGGAAAAAAUGCCUCCUGCUCAAAAGAUAAUCCAAAUGAAUCCUCUCAGGGAAGAUGCUAACGCGGUUGUUCUAGGAGCUCUAACUCGAAAUGAGAUUUCGGAAAUCUCGAGUUUGGAAAUACUUGCGGAGCACCUGGUCUCGCUCGACCUAAGCUGGAACCGCAUCCAGGACGUGGGUUUUGGUUUGCUGUGCUUGGUCAACCUGAAGUGUUUGGUACUCUCGCACAACGAGAUCGCAUCAUUGUCGCAUACGAAUUUCACGAGCCUCAAGCAGCUCAUCCGUCUGGACCUGAGCAAUAACCAGCUCACGGACAGAGUGUCGACGGUUACAGUUAGGGAGGUAGCUUAUUUUAAGUCUAGUUACUCGCUUAUUUCAGUUUAUCGAAUAUUUGGUUGUGAGGUACGAGUUUGUUGAAAGGCCUUAGACCUGACCAGUAGUUCAGGAACAAAGAUGGCCUGACAUGACAUUCAUCAUCAUCAUCAUCAUCAUCAUCAUGAUACUCGCAUGCUGUGGUAGGUAUUACUCCCCCUCGUACUUUUUACAGUAACCUCGUCCUUUCUUUUUCACAAUUCUAAUACCCCUUUCGAAACGCUUGACUCUCUGGUGGACCUGAACCUUAGCGAGCAGGAUUCAGAAGUGGAGACUAGCGAGUGGCAAGACUAUGUCUUCGAAAAACUGCCACAACUGGCCGUGUACAAUUUUAUUGUGCGAGGAACGGCUGCUCUUCCCCCGGCACUAGUACAGCAAUAUCAAACAAGGCCAGUAGUUGUACCAGCAUUAACGGCACAGCAAAAUGCAAACCCGACUGGCCUUCCAAAAGACUCUUCGACUUCUUUGUUGAAUAGCGUUCGAAUUUACUCGAACGCCCUUACUACAGGGAGUAAAAGUCAGCACACGUCGGGAGCUUGCGACUCCACCACUUCGGGUAACGCGACGACAGCUAGCGAGGAUGAGCACUAUACAACUGGCUUCGAUAAUAAUAUUACAAGAACUACAGGUAGUACAGCGGCAACGACCACUAAGGGCAACGUAUACCCUGCAGAUACUGCAAAUAAAAAAUCUUCGUCUUCCACAUCAUGGAUGGGCCUGUGUCCUUCUCCUGUGAUAGAGGAUAGUGAGGAAGAACGUGCCAGCGAUCCUAGGUCAAAAUGGGAAACCUUCGGUGGUGGAUCGUCCUCAGCAACGGUUUCUCAUACCACAUCUGGUAUACAACCACCACGACGACAUGAAGCCUCUCGAGGUGGUGGUACAACCUUUCACAAAACACGUUUCGAGGUGGCAGAGCAUCAUCCCGACGUUGCUACCAGUAGAGCUGCAGCUCCUUCUACGUCAACAACACGUCGUCCUCAUCGUUUCUUUAGCGCAGAUCACUUUGAAGACCGCGUCGUGCUACCACAUCAAGAGCAGCCUCGUCCAGCUCCCCAUGCCGCAGCUUCGUCGAUAGUUCAACAAGACGAAGGAAGACUGCAGCAACUGUAUGAGCAAAUACGUUAAGGGUUUUUACCACAAUAAUGCAUUCUUCACUACCGCAUCCUUGACUUGAUGUUUUCCAGUACAGGAAAAUGGGUCAAGGAUGAUCUGAAGAAGGCAGUGUCGCGACUACCGCUAAAUAAGACAACACGAGCACAGCCAGUCUGUGGUCAGCAAGCCAGCAGCAAACGAAGUGCCCUUCGAGCAAGUCCUUGAUGUCCAUCGUUGGGCAAUGCAGUAUCUCGACAGCCUCGAUGCACAAGUCGCACGCGGAACGACUAAGGAAGAGGUACUGCAACCACUACUAAGGAGGAGGUACUGCAAUGCCUGCUCCUACAGAUGAAGAUUGGAAAGAUCGAAUCAUGAAGUGAUGGACACAGAAUUUAAGUACUAGCUAGUCCUGAACAUUAUAGUAUUUACUCAAAUACUACCGAUUUAUUAAUUACGGUGAAGCUAAAGCUAAAGAAUAGCAGUAGCAGUUUGAGGUUCUUGACACUUGUUAUCGUUCUUCUCCAAAAAUGAAGGUAUGGCGAGAAGCAGUCUGGACUCUUGCAGUCGAGAAAAAGUGCCUCGAAUUGGAAACGAGUCGCCAAAUUUCUGCUGCUUUGUCUCCUUCGCGAGUGGAUGACCAUCGUUAAGGCUUCCCAUACUCUUUUAUCGGCAGAAGCGUCUGACAACUUAGGCUCCUUCCAUGAUGGGUGGAAAGCGGCUUCAAGAUGAAUCUCAAGAUCAUGGAUUUUUAGAGGUUGAAGCUCUAACAUAAGGAACAGAUAGGCGGUUCCUCCUCCUCUACAGAUAGGGGUUCGCGACCGAGAGAGAGUUCCAGGAGACACAGUAGGAUCCGUGACGAGGAGGAUGACGAUGCCCCGACAGCUGGUGAGAGUGCACUCUUGGCGAAGAAACGUGAACGGUCAAGAUCAGCGAGCAAGAUCAAGCGGCCGCAAGAAGUUGGCGCAGCAGCUGCAGCUGUACUUGGGAAUGGAGAAAGUAGAGUACUAGGGGCUCCUCAUGGGGCACUUGUACAACUACGGACGAGCAGUGCUGGCAGAAGAACUGAAGAUGAGCAUGAGGAGAAAUUUCUCUUUGAUGAAAGUGACCUCGCGGCUUACUGUCAGGACAAAUUGCAGGGAAAAAUUGAUGCAAUAUCGAGCGCUUUCAAAGUGGGGGAGAAGAAAAUCCUAGAAGCGUUUUCAGCUCAUGACAGUUCUGUCGCGUCACGCCUCUCGGCACAGGAUGCGAGAUUACGAGGACUGGAGACCCUACUCACUGUCGCUGGAGCUAAAUAUUCUCAAGCACUACAAGUAGCACGUGCUUCUGACAUGAACAAGGAUGAAAAUCAAAAUAGGUGUAGGUCAACUUCAACUCCUGCAGCCAGCACAAGCGCAACUUCAGUCCUCGCCCCAGCACCUCCGACAACAUCUUCGAGUGCUGCCCAAACAAUUGGUCUUCUAUCUAUAGCAGAGCAUCAGAACAUGGCAAGCAAAAUCACGGAAUUGCAUGCUACGAUAAAUAGACUGCGGGAGGACAAGUCCGAUUUAAUUCAGCGUCUUGCGGCAGCAGAAGUUGUUCCUGAUACAGAGGCCCAGGUUGCGCGUCAGACAAAGGCUCUCACGGAACGAGUGGCGGAUGCUGUAUUAUUAUAUAUACAGAUUUACUUAGAAGAGCAUGAGAUACAACUGAAGACACUACAGAUACUCUUGUCCUACUCGAAAUAUUUUAGAUCUUCCACGACAGGUUGAAGCCACAGAAAAGUGGAAGCGUAAGUUUCAAGCAGCUCAGGAGCAACUGCGUAGAUACGAGCGUUUAGUCUGCGAUCUAGAAGAGCAAAAGUCAAAUGCCGCUUCCUCUCUAUCCGGGACGCCAGCGUCAAAAGUCGCUGUAAGUGGGACACCAGCGCCAAAAGCUGCCCCUACAAAAGCCGUUGUUGUGGCGAAAGCUUCUGCGACAGCACAUGAGCAUGACAUACGCGGAGGUGUGGAAGAGGACAUCGACAUGGAGGCUGACUCUAAGCCUAACUCGUCUUCACAACUAUCAAAGAUAGGUGCUAUAGGACCUCCUGCUGCUGCUACAGCUUCUAGAUCAAAGUCAACUGCUGCGACAGAUCUGAUGAGCACUUUCAGAGCCUUACAGAAGCUGGAGCGCCACGAACGCAUUCGUCGCGACUUGCUUGAUGACGAUGCGGAUUGAGGAUAUUGAGGAUAUUUGGGAUGUUGACUGGUCUGGUUGCGUCAAUGACUUUAAUUUUGUUCUUUUGUUCUGCUGCCAAAUCAUGUGAUUACUCGAAAACUGAAAAUAUCGGAGUUAGUGACUGAAAUAAGCGAGGUAGCUUAAGGCUAUUCUUUCUUUAGUAGCUCCCUUAUUCCAUUAUUUGUCUACUUGC